AUGUUGGUAUCCUUAACAACUGUCUUGUGCAAUUCCCUGCAGCACGGGGACGACGAGGAAGAAAUGAACGUGAUCGUUCUCAGCUACCCUCAGUACUGCCGGUAUCGAUCGAUGCUGAAGCGCAUCCAGGAUGAGCCAUCUUCCAUUUUAACAGACCAGUUUGCGCUAGCCCUGGGGGGCAUCGCCGUGGUCAGCAAGAACCCCCAGAUCCUGUACUGUCGGGACACCUUUGACCACCCGACGCUCAUUGAAAAUGAGAGUAUAUGCGAUGAGUUUGCGCCAAAUCUUAAAGGCAGACCACGCAAAAAGAAACCAUGCCCACAGAGAAGAGAUUCGUUCAGUGGUGUUAAAGAUUCCAACAACAACUCCGAUGGCAAGGCUGUGGCCAAGGUGAAAUGUGAGGCCAGGUCAGCCUUGUCCAAGCCGAAGAAUAACCAUAAUAACUGUAAAAAAGUCUCCAAUGAAGAGAAACCAAAGGUUGCCAUCGGUGAAGAGUGCAGGGCAGAUGAGCAGGCUUUCUUGGUGGCACUUUAUAAAUACAUGAAAGAGAGGAAGACGCCGAUAGAACGAAUACCCUAUUUAGGUUUUAAACAGAUUAACCUUUGGACUAUGUUUCAAGCUGCUCAAAAACUGGGAGGAUAUGAAACACCCACAGGAAAAUUUGAUGGCCACGGAUUUUACAGCAUGUAUUUUGAACCAAUAAAACGUUAGAGCAACAAACUAAGAUUAAAAUCUUGAAAGAAGAAGAAAGGAGCUGUAUUAAUAUAGCACACAGAUGAAAUCUGUAAUAAAAUCAAUUGACAUAGGAAGAUGUCGUCAUUGGAAAUAUUUUCUCCUCCACACAAUGAUCAGAUUAAGUUGUGCAGUUUCUUCGCAAUUGAAUAUUUUUUUUUCUUUCCUUAUGAAGUAACCUGGGAUAUCUCUGUAACAUAGUAAAAUGACAGUAAGAGACACAGAGUCAAGAAAAUGAAAUUCAUUUUUAGCCCCACCGUAAUAACCAGGGUUUCUUGCCAGAUAUAGCAUAUUGUUCCACAAACUAAUAUAAUGGUUUGAUGUCAGGGUUUUGGAAUGGGAAAAGAUGGCAAGCAUGAUGUGAUUCGGAUAAUCUGGUAUUUACUGUAGAGAUACCUGCCAUGAAUUCUGACUCAGAUUCUAAGAUGGGAGUAAAUGUGUGUGUAAGAUGUUUAAGACCUGGGAUAUAUGUACCUGUUUAUAAAGCAAUAUAAUGCUCAUAUGAAGUAUUAUAAAAUGUGUGUUUCAUAGACAUGAAUUUACUUAAACAUUUGUUUUACCAAGCACCCUCUGUAAAUAUAAAUAAUAUAAUUUUUCACUUGGUUGGAUCUGUUGAUAGAACAAAGAGAUUGACUCCUUGCCAUGGUGGCUCAUAGUUUUGCAAAAUCUUAAGCUAAUUAUAGCUUUUGUCCAUGUGAAAAAGAUAGCUUAUUCAGAGCUAGCCUCGUGGAUUUAGGAGUCAGCCCCAUAGCCUAGAUUUUUAAGUCUUAACGCUCGAUGUUAAGAACAGGAAUACACAUUUGUAUGAACAGCGGAUAAGUUACGUGAUACUGCACAAUAUUAUGAAAUGUCUUUUUAAACCCAGAAAUGUAUUGUUGUUUACUGAUAGAGAGAGUGCCAACAAAUUUCACAGAAUCCGUUUUUCCUGCUUUUGUAUCUUCUCCAUCUUCACAAGGAUCUGUUUUCCCCAUGCAACAGCAAGUGGGUGUAGAAUACACAAAAGAAACUUCUGAUAAGUUUCAGGGCAUUCUUCUUUUGUUGAAUGAGCGAAAUAACAAAUGACUGCGCAAUCAGCCAAUCAGCGGAACACAUAGGCCAGUGGUUCUAGUUGCUUGCCAUCCAGGAGAGGCAGUGGUUAUGAUUAAGAGACAAGGUGGAAAAAGAUCCGUUCCCUGUUCAGGUAUAGUACUGUUUCAUUUUAGAAAUGAGGGAAGGAAGACUUGUGGCUCUCGUGCCAUCUGAGCAGAAUUUUGGAGAAUCGAUGGAAUUUAGACAUGAAUUAUCACAGCCUUCCAGGAAGAGAAAGCCAGAUGGAGAAAUAAAAUGUGGAGGUAGAAUGAUGUUGGACAUGGAGAGUUUGAGUAAUGUAAAGUUGGGUGACCAGGUGGCUGGGAUGAGUGACCUCGAAGGCGAGUCCAGAGAGGAUGGAGCCCUGUGAGAAAGGCUUUUAGAUGGUAGCCCCUGGACUUAUC